GCCGGCUGCGUGGAGUCAGCGGGCCGCGGCGUAGCAGGCCUUGCAGCCGCGGGGAGACACCCGGCCCCGGCCGUUGGAAGCUGCAGGAAGCCCGGCUCCGGGUUCCGCGGACGGAAGAAGGGAGGCCCCGGAGCUAGAGCGACGUCGCCCGCCCAGGGCGCCCAGGCGCGACCCAGGAGGGCCAUGUUCACGUCCACGGCCUCCGACAGCGAGGAAGAAGUGUGUGAUGAGAGGACGUCCCUGAUGUCGGCUGAGAGCCCCACGCCGCGCUCCUGCCAGGGGGGCCGGCAGGUCCUGGAGGACGGGGAGCGCGCCGCCCAGUGGAGAUGCCGGGAAGGCGAGGAGGACUUGACGGCCCCGACGGCUACCCCUGCGGCGGGGGCCCCCGGGCGGCCGCCGGGGCUGGAGGACCAGCUGACCCUCAAGUACGGGGCCAAGCACGUGAUCAUGCUGUUCGUGCCCGUCACCCUGUGCAUGGUGGUGGUCGUGGCCACCAUCAAGUCCGUGCGCUUCUACACCGAGAAGAACGGGCAGCUCAUCUACACGCCCUUCACGGAGGACACGCUCGUGGGCCAGCGGCUGCUCCACUCCAUGCUGAACACGCUCCAGAUCAGUGUCAUCGUGGUCAUGACCAUCUUCCUGGUGGUGCUCUACAAGUACCGCUGCUACAAGUUCAUCCACGGCUGGCUGAUCAUGUCCUCCCUGAUGCUGCUCUUCCUCUUCACCUACAUCUACCUAGGGGAGGUGCUCAAGACCUACAACGUGGCCAUGGACUACCCCACGCUGCUGCUGGCGGUGUGGAACGUGGGGGCGGUGGGCAUGGUGAGCGUCCACUGGAAGGGGCCCCUCGUGCUGCAGCAGGCCUACCUCAUCAUGAUCAGCGCGCUCAUGGCCCUGGUGUUCAUCAAGUACCUCCCGGAGUGGUCCGCCUGGGUCAUCCUGGCCGCCAUCUCCGUGUACGAUCUCGUGGCUGUGCUGUGCCCCAAAGGGCCGCUCAGGGUGCUGGUGGAGACUGCCCAGGAGAGGAACGAGCCCAUCUUCCCAGCCCUGAUCUACUCCUCCGCCAUGGUGUGGCCCGUGGGCAUGGCCAAGCUGGACCCCUGCUCUCAGGACACGCUCCAGCUCCCCUGCGACCCGGACAUGGAGGAUGACCCCUACGAGAGCUUCGGGGAGCCUGCAUACCCCGAGGCCUUGGAGCCGCCCCUGCCUGGCUACCCUGGGGAGGAGCUGGAGGAAGAGGAGGAAAGGGGCGUGAAGCUGGGUCUGGGAGACUUCAUCUUCUACAGCGUGCUGGUGGGCAAGGCGGCGGCCACGGGCAGCGGAGACUGGAACACCACGCUGGCCUGCUUCGUGGCCAUCCUCAUUGGCUUGUGUCUGACCCUGCUGCUGCUGGCCGUGUUUAAGAAGGCGCUGCCCGCCCUCCCCAUCUCCAUCACCUUCGGCCUCAUCUUCUACUUCUCCACCGACAACCUGGUGCGCCCGUUCAUGGACACGCUGGCCGCCCACCAGCUCUACAUCUGACCGCCCGUGUGGACGCACCAGGAGCAGGCGCUCCGUGCAGCCCGCACUGCCUG